AUGGCCAUCUCGAAGCGCAAGCAGACGCGCAACUUCCUCAAGAGCGGUCAGCUCUCUUCCCAAAUCGAAGCGAGGCAGAAACGGCGGGCGUUCGAGCAGAAGAAGAAGGGCAGGGACGCGAGGCGCAACAAGGGCGUCUUGCCUGCGCACCAGCAGGUCAAGGAUGUCGAUUCCGCGGACGAGUUUGAGGAAGUCAAGCGCAAGAGGAAGGAGAAGGAGGUCGAGGAGGAAGAGGAGGACGAGGACUUUGAUGUCGACGGCGUGCUUGGUGCCGAAGGAUUGGGAGACGACGACGAGGCAGAGGAGCAGGGAGAGGAGGGCGCAUCCGACUUGGAGGACGACGACCUCUCUGGCCUCUCGGACGGCGAAUCCGACUCAAACCCGAUGGUCGACAUGCAAGCCCUGGCCGAAAAGGACCCCGCCUUCUACAAGUUCCUCCAAGACAACGACCCCGAGUUGCUCAACUUUGACGCGGACGGCGAUGCAGAGAUGGACGACGAGGAGGACGACGAGGAAAGCGAUGAGGAGGAGACGAGGGGGAAGAAGAGUAAGAAGGGCAAGGGGAAGGAGAAGGCGAGGAAGGGGGCGAACGAGCACACGCUCACGAAGGAGAUGCUGCGGAGCUGGCAGAAGAGUAUCCUCGAGACCCGCUCCCUCCGCUCCUUCCGCAAGCUCCUCCACGCCUUCCGCUCUGCCGCCAGUUCCGGCAUCGACCGCGACGACCUCCCCUCGACAUCGGACUCGGCGCACGCCGAGCACUACGAGAUCCACGACCCCAAGUUGUUCCGCAAGCUCGUCCUUACGACGCUCAAGUAUACGCCGGUUGUGUUGAGCUCGAUGGUGCCGUUCAAGGAGGUCAAUGGGAAGUUCAAACUCUCGACCAACUCGAAGCAAUACGCCAUCGCCCAACGCCUUCUCAAAUCCUACUUCGUCUCCCUCCAGAACCUCCUCUCAACCGUCUCCUCCACAUCCGACAUCCCCUCCUACGCCGUCACCGAAUCCGCCAACCUUAUUCCCUGGAUCGUCGGGAACCGGAAAGUUGCCAGGGGGCUGGUGAAGAUGUUGCUUGGAGUGUACGAAGGCGGCGCGAGCGAUGAGACGAAGGUGCAGGCGUUUGCGGCGCUGAGGAAGCUGGCGAUUGCGGCGGACCAUAGCUUGCGGGAGUCGAUCAUGAAGGGAACCUACGCCGCUCUCCUCGCCGCCUCGCGCCAAACCUCCGUCCACACCCUCCCCGCCAUCGAGCUCAUGAAGUACUCGGCUUCCGAACUCUUCCUCCUCUCGGGCAAGCAAGAAACCGACCUCGCGUAUCAGCUCGCCUUCAGCUACAUCCGCUCUCUCGCCGUCCUCCUCCGCAAGGGCGUCAAGGACGCGAGCAAAGAGGCGUUCAAGUCGGUUUACAACUGGCAGUUUGUCCAUGCGGUCGACUUUUGGAGUAUUGUCCUGUCGACGGCGGCGGACAAGCAGAGGGUUGCGGAGAUGGGAGAGAGCCCGUUGCAGCAGUUGCUGUACCCGCUCAUUCAGGUUGCGCUUGGUGCCAUCCGCCUCGUCCCCACGUCCCGCUACUACCCUCUCCGCUUCCACCUCAUCCGCUCCCUCCUCCGCAUCGUCUCGCGCACCGGCACCUACAUCCCCCUCGCCGCCUCGCUCUUCGAGAUCCUCAACUCGCCCGAACUGACCAAGCGCAACAAGCCUUCGACGCUCAAGCCGCUCGACUGGGACUACUACCUCAAGUGUCCGACGGCGUACCAGCGCACGCGGGUGUAUGCCGAUGCGCUCGUCGAGGAACUCGUCUACCUCUUGACGGAGUACUACGGCGCGCUUUCGACCUCCAUCGCCUUCCCUGAACUCGCCCUCCCCGCUAUCGUCACCCUUCGACGACACGCAAAGAAGGCCUCGACAGCGAAGCAGGGCAAGCUCGUCGCGUCGGUCAAGCAGCUGGUUGAGAAGCUCGAGUCGAACACCAAGUGGAUCGAGCAGCGUCGGGAGAAGGUCGAUUUCGCGCCCAACAAACGUGACAAGGUCGACCGGUUCUUGCAGAAUGAGGAGACGGACAAGACGCCGAUGGGGACGCACCUCAAGUUGCAGCGCAAGUUGAGGGAGGCGAAGAAGGCGACGAUGGAGCGCGCGGCGCAUGCGGCCGAGGACAUCUAG